AAUCUGUCGAGCUCCCGUGAUAUCUCUGCGUUCAAUUGCGACCUAGGAUUAAGGAAAAUAACAACAAGAACAAGGGUAAAGCAAACAAGCCAAGAUGCAUUCACCCGAGCAAAAUCACAGUGAAAUUGAAAAGCGGCGACGGGAUAAAAUGAACAUGUACAUCACGGAACUAGCAAGUCUUAUUCCAAUGUGCAGUGCCAUGAACAGGAAACUCGACAGGCUCACAGUUCUGCGGAUGGCUGUACAACACAUGAAAACAUUGCCAGGGUCGGGCCGAUCAUGUCCUGAGCCAAGCCUAAAGCCACCGUUUUUCUCAGAUGAUGAAUAUAAACAUAUGAUACUGAAAGCGGCCGACGGUUUCCUGUUUGUUGUAAGCUGUGAUCGAGGGCGUAUUUUAUAUGUGUCUACGUCGGUCAGCACAAGUUUGAACUACUCCCAGUCUGAUCUGAUGGGUCAAAGUCUGUUUGACUUUCUCCACCCCAAGGAUAUACAAAUGGUCAAGGAUCACCUGUCCUCCUCCGAUCUAGCCAGGCGAGAUAGAUUUAUCGAUCCGAAAACGAUGCAGCCUGUGAAGACUGAGAUGGCCAAUAAUUUGUCACAAUUUGUUCCCGGUGCUAGAAGGUCGUUUUAUUGUCGUAUGAAGACAGGCUCAAAAAGUGAAAAAGUUCCCGAUGUGAAAAUAGAAAAAGGUGCUGUGAUGGAUUCAGUUCGGCGGAGACGAAUUGAGAAGAAAAAUUAUGCUGUGAUACACUGUACUGGCUAUGUGAAGUCUUGGCCGCAGUCAAAGAUGAACAUGGUCGAAGAAAAUGAGGAAGGAGGGGAGAGUUGCAAUCUCAGUUGUCUCGUCGUGGUCGGGAGACUGCAGACGCCGUUUACACCGAAAAAGAUACAAGAACACCAUCACACUUCAGAUGUCAAUCCAUUGGAGUUCAUAUCUCGGCAGACGGUCGACGGAAAGUUUACAUAUGUUGAUCAGAGGAUGACACCGAUUCUUGGAUAUCUCCCCCAGGAAUUGGUCGGGACGUCCAUUUACGAAUAUUAUCAUGUUGACGAUAUACAACAGCUUGUUGACACUCAUAAAUUGAUUUUACAAAGCAAAGUCCGUGUGACAUCCCCGGUGUAUCGGUUCAAAGCCAAAGACUCCUCCUUCAUUUUCAUGAAGACAACAGCCUACGCCUUCCAGAACCCCUGGACGAAAGAGGUGGAGAGUGUGGUGGCCACUAACACCGUCACGCAGGCGUCGGAGUAUAAUGGUCAGGAAGUGAGCAGCUCUGGGGUGUCUGCUGAUCUUGACGUCUUCUCAACAGAUGAUGAAACAAAGAGGAAAGAAUAUGGUGGAGUUAAUCUCAGUAUGAUGCAGAGCAGCACGUGCACAUAUCCGGGAGCUGGGAAAAUCGGACGACAGAUUGCUGAUGAAGUUUUAGAAUGCCAAAACCCUCCGGCAGAGCCGGCCUACAUGAAUAUGAUUCAUGCUGAGGAGUUAGCGAACGAGUUAAUACGUGCCCAGUGUUUAAUGGGCAGUGACAUGCCACGGGAGGGCACCAGUCAUGAUCUGCCUCCAGCAUCCCUGCAAAGUACCAUUGAUCUUCAUACAACAACCAUAGCUAGUCCUACUGGUAGUGCAGCUGUAUUGGAUGAGGAGAGCAUGAUGCGGCAGCUCAGCCCGCACAUGCCGCCCAGAGAGGCUUUGAUACCACCGAACGGCGGUCAUGUGGGUACGCACUCCGCUGACAUGGGAGGCGACUACGAUGACAAUCUGAUGAUGAACCAGAUGCCAUCAGACCGAAUGGUCCAGGUGCCCGGCAAUGGGUUAAUUCCAAGGAAUGGUGCCUUGGAGCAUGAUGGGAUGAACUGGGACAACCAGGGUGCAAUAGAUGGUGUCAUAGAACCAAAUGCCAUGCUCGGAAUACCGGAACACUCGAGUGAAAAUAACGAUGAAGCUACAAUGUCGAUUUUAAUGAGUUUGCUAGAGGCAGAUGCGGGACUUGGGGGGCCUGUGGACUUCAGUGAUCUGCCUUGGCCUCUCUGAGGCAAGAACAAUAUGACUGAGACAUCAGGAUCGGACUUUUCUCAUCCUCCUUGGCUCUCCUAAGGAAUGAAUGUGGAGAUUAGGUAUUUACAAAAAUACAGACAGCAAGUUGUGAUGGUUUGGCUAUACACUGGCUGACAAAGUGAUAAGCAUCACGGCGUUGAUUGUUGAUGAAAGCGAAAGUGUGUUCUGUUUUAAAAGCAUUUCCAGAAAGACUGUAGAUAUUAUUUAUAGUGAUGAUGUUUUAUCUGACGUGAUUAUGCUAAAUGUUUAUAGUUAAUUCAAUUCUAUUGUGAUCAACUGGUGUCCAUUUAUUGGUGAUGUAGUUUGUCAAUA